GGCGGCCGUUGAAAAAUGGCGAGUGUCGCCGAGUUGAAGGCCGGUGAGUGCGACUGGGACUUCUAUCUGGUGAAACGUGUCGGCCUUCCGUCUGUGAAAAGGAUAGGACGAAAGGAGGGCCCGCGGAACACUAAAGUCAACCUGUCCCAGGUUUUAAAGGACACUUUGGAAAAAAGAGGAGUGUUAGGGCAUUUAAAAGCAAGGAUUCGUGCGGAAGUUUUCAAUGCCCUUGAUGAUGAAAAUGAACCUCGGCCAUCAUUGUCUCAUGAAAACUUUCUAAUUAAUGAGCUUAUUCGGGAGUAUUUGGAAUUCAACAAAUACAAGUAUACAGCGUCGGUCCUCAUAGCAGAAUCUGGUCAACCUGUAGUUCCACUGGACAGACAGUUUCUCAUCCAUGAACUAAAUGCAUUUGAAGACUCAAAGGAUAAUACAAUACCUCUUUUAUAUGGGAUUUUAGCUCAUUUCUUGCAUGGAACUAAGGAUGACAAGCAAAAUACAUUUCUGAAAGGGUCUUCACUCCAGCCUGCAAACCCAAAUCUUGGCAGACAACCUAGUGGAAGAAAGCAAAUGGAAGAAGACCUGCGGCAGGAGCAGGCGAGGGGCAGCAAUGCUGAAAACCUGCACACUUCACCCACGGUAAAGAGAUGACACUUCCAACUGGGGCUUCUUUGAUCUUAAACUUGUAUGUAUUAAAUAACUUAUUUAUUCUCCCAAUGUCAUCAGAAUUCAUCACUAGUGUUGUACUUUGUAAAAAUGUGAAGUUUCUGCAAAACCUUUAGCCCCUCGUGUUUUACUGCAUUUGUGAAUAAAAGCUAACUCUGUCAUCUAGUUUACA